AUGACAAUGCCCCCGCCAUCUGAAGUCCUGAAUGCGAGCCAAGGUCUCGGGAGCUCAAAGUAUAACCCAGUUCUUAUUGAUUGUGGAGAGAGUCCAUAUGGUUCUCGUGAGAACCCUAUCUAUAUUGUAGACUGCGAGGCGAUUUAUGGAUACCCUAAGAGACAAAGCACUGAACCUGGGUCACCCGAGCCCCCUAUUCAUGUUCCUGCCCCUGGAGGCGCAGUUCUUGUCGAUGCGAGCGUGCAAACAGCCACCCCUACAUGCGACAAGAGGCCAAGCUACGUGGAUGGGCAUCGGCCUUCGGCCGGAGCCUUGUUGGGAAGAUAG